AUGGCCAUGCAAGCACAGAAGAUGAGAUGUGCUUGGGGCAGGCUUUGCCUGCUGCUUUCCCUCCUCCUCCAGCUGCCAGGCUCCCAGGCCAAAUGCUACUUCCAGGCUAAAGCUCCCUGUGAGUACGAAGGGAAACAGUUCUCCAUUGGGGAAUCGUGGCUGAGCACCAACUGCCUGCUCUGCACCUGCCUGCACCCCAUUGGCGUGGGCUGCUGUGAGACCACCCAGCACCCGAUCGACUUCCCUGACUGGUGCGAGGCCCACUACGACUCACAGACCUGCCAGAUCUCGGUAGUGCAGAAAGCCAACCCCAGCCUGCCGUGCGUGAAGAGCGUGGAGCACGAGUGGGGCUCGGCCAGCACCCCCGAGCCGCUGGUGAACAAGGUGCUGGGUGCGGGGCUCAGCAGAUAG